AGACGUGCACCUAGAUUUAAAUGUCCUUUGAAUCAAUCAUUUGAUUGCUAUCGUUCUUCAGACAUACUUCUAAAGAACGGGCCUCGUAGGUUCAAAACAAAGAUGGCGCGGUUGUAAUGUCCCGGGGAGGAAGAAAAACACUGAAAUGAAUGACUACUGAAGAACAAGGAAAGGGUUUGGUAAUAACACAGCAAUGGGGAACAAAACCUCGCGCCUGAAGCCUUCCGCCAUCGAGGACCUACAGAGGAGCGGUGUGGAUUUCAGUGCUGACGAAAUCCAGGAGUGGUAUGAGGAAUAUAACAGAAGCUGUCGGUUUGGUCGCUACCUCACCGUCAAAGAGUUCAAGGACGUUUACUCCAGGAUCUUUGGGGGAGACGCCUCGGCUUUCGCCGAACACGUGUUUCGAACUUUUGACGCAGACAAGAAUGGUAGAGUGGAUUUCAAAGAGUUCCUCAUAGGGCUGAGCGUGACGUCGAGUAGUGACGUCAAAAAGAAAUUGAAAUGGGCAUUCAAUAUGUACGAUAUUGACGGAAAUGGUUUCAUUGAUAAACAGGAAAUGAUAUCUAUGAUGAGGGCGGUAUACAAGAUGACGCCUUCAAUCAAAAAGCCAGACGACGUGAGUACGCCGGAAAAAAUGACAAAGAAAUUAUUCGCAAAAAUGGACGCUAAUGGUGAUGGUGAGAUUUCCUGGGAAGAAUUUUAUGACGGAGCUAUGAAAGAUUCGCUAGUUCUAGCCAUGUUACAACUUAACCCCGAUUAGUGCUAGCUUUAUACGUAGAUUGCUCUUCAUUAACAUUUGAUGAAUUUAUAUCUGUUUGAACAUUGUAUAUCUUGUUAUCAAUAUUCAAGUAUUCAUCCAAUAGCAGGAUUCAGAUGUAAUGUACGUAUAUCUUUAACACAUGUCUUUUAAUUCCUGUCCCUAAAUUCCUGUCUUUUUAAAUUGCAUGACAUGUAUAUUAGCAUUCUUCCCUAAAAUAUGCAUUUCUUGUAGUAUGUACAGAAUGUUGAAAAUUUACAUUUGGAUCACUGUAAAUGUAAAUUUUAAAACUUCCAGUUUCUUUGCAUGUUGAAAUGGAAUAUUUUAUUGAUGUGAAUAACAAAUAUUACUUUAUAUCAAAAAGUUUUAUCUUAUAAUAUAUGUAUAUGUUGUUAGAAUUUAAAAAAAAAAACCAAAAAAUUAUAAGAA